AUGCCUCCCAAGGAAGAGAGCGUUUCGGGCCUUUUGCGAUUCGAGCCAUCAUCCAUGACAUGGCGAUCAUGGCAAUUUCGAUAUCGUAAUUAUGUGAAGCUCAAGAAGGUCACCGACAGUGAUGAGCAGAAAGCUCUGCUCCUGGAUUCUCUUGGUGUUGAAGCAAUGGAGUUGGUGCACUCCAUGUGCUUGCCCAAAGAUCCAGACGAGUACACAACUUCCCAGAUCGUCGAUAAGCUCGAAGCCGCGUAUGUGAAGAAGACCAACGCAACCACGGAGUGGGCGAAUUAUUUUCGCAUCUCUCAAGAGCCAGGAGAAACCCUAUUGGACUUCUCGAACAAGCUCCGCAGGAAAGCGAUCCACUGUUCUUUUCCAGCAGACGUGCUGGAAAAGAAUAUGUCUUCGACCUUCCUGAAUGGACUGGCGAAUGACACCACGCGCCAACAUUUAAUGUCCAAAGAUUUCACCACCCUGGAGAAGGCAUUGGAGCUAGCUCAACAGUACGAGCUGACGCGGAGUACGAAGCGCGGUCAAGCAACAGUGGAAGUUGCGCGUGUAGACGGAGGUCAACGACGGGGCGGUGGCGCGAAUCGAUAUCGCGGGAACCGCCGCGGAGGAAUGAGAGGGCGUGGAAACCCGCCUAGCCAAAAUACGGCAGCUGGAUCGACAGCGUGCUCGGGAUGUGGUUCUGCUACGCAUGCUCGCGGAGACUGUUGGGCAAAGGAUCUUGUGUGCAGAAACUGCAACAAGAAAGGUCACAUCGCGAAGGUAUGCCGCAGCCCGAAGCAGCCCCAGUCGCGAGGACAGGAAGGAAGACGCACGUGGGCGGUCGAGCACGAGUUCGAUGUCCUGUCGGUGAACGCAGUGGUUGGCGGAUCGAUCCACGUACCACUGAAGCUGAACGGGACAGCUGUGUCACCUGUGCUGGAUACCGGAUCUGCGGUGACGAUCAUCACGGCAGACACAUGGAGAAGUAUUGGAGCGCCCAGACUGAGCCCGUACUCCCAUCCCCUGCGAAGCUUUACAGGACAUCCGCUGAGUGUCAUCGGAACGGCAACACUGGAGGUGGUGCAUGGCCGUACACAAAAGGCGCUGCCGGUGGUGGUAGUGGGCCGUGGCGGAAAUGUCCUCGGGCGUGACUGGAUUGCCGCUCUAGAUCUCAGUCACCUAAGUCUACGCGACCUUCAGGACACUUCCGUGUGCGCUGUGAGCAGCAACCCAAAGUUGAAGGAGAUCCUGGAGCGCCACAAGGCAGUGUUCCGAGACGAGCUAGGACACUGCAAGCAUUACAAGGCUCGUUUGUAUUUGAAGCCUGGCGCCCGUCCGGUGUUCUGCAAAGCAAGGAUGGUGCCGUUUGCGUUCCGUGACGCCGUGGAAAAGGAUCUGGACCGGUUGGUGCAGCGAGGCAUCCUGACUCCGGUCGACCACGCGGAUUGGGCGGCUCCCACGGUGUCGGUGCAGAAGCGUGCCGGUGAUAUCCGGACUUGCGCCGAUUUGAGUACCGGUCUCAACGAUUCCUUGGACGCGCAGCAAUACCCGCUUCCUACUCCAGAUGAACUGUUUGCUAAGUUGAAUGGAGGGCAAACGUUCAGCACACUGGAUCUAGCGGAAGCAUACGCCCAAGUGGAGCUGGAAGAAGACAGCAAGCAACUCGUCGUUAUCAAUACGCAUAAAGGUCUCUUCCGUUACAACCGGUUACCAUUCGGUGUAUCCAGCGGCCCAAGCAUCUUCCAGCAGAUCAUGGAGAAGAUCCUGCAGGGAUGCGAGGGAGUGGCCGUGUACCUGGAUGACAUCAUCAUCACAGGCCGAACCGAAGAAGAACAUCUCCGUAACCUGGAGAAGGUGCUACAACGGCUGGAAGAACACGGGCUUACCUUGAAGCAAGCCAAGUGUCGUUUCAUGCAGAGUUCCGUGGAGUACCUCGGAUUUGUCGUCGACAGCCGAGGCCGCCACAUCUCGCGCGAUCGUGUCAAAGCACUGUUGGACAUGAAUAGGCCGACGAACGUGAGCGAGCUCCGGGCAUUCCUCGGACUCGUGAAUCACUACGGCAAAUUCCUGCCGGACCUGUCUGCAAAGUGCAAUGAAUUCCACAGCUUGCUGAAGGCGGGUGUUACGUGGGAAUGGUCGAAGGUGUGCGAAGCCAAUUUCAACGGGUUGAAGGAGGAAAUCGCCCGGGCCACGUUCCUUGUCCAUUUCGAUCCGGACAUGCCACUGGUAUUAGCGGCGGACGCCUCACAGUACGGUGUCGGAGCAGUACUGUGUCACCGUUUCCCCGACGGCACCGAACGUCCCAUCGCGCACGCAUCCAAGACGCUCAGCCCGGCGGAGAAGAACUAUGGGCAAAUUGAGAAAGAGGCGUUGGCACUUGUAUUCGGAUGUCGCAAAUUUCAUCAGUACAUUGCCGGCCGAGAAUUCACGUUACUGACUGACCACAAACCACUUCUUAAUGUGUUUGGAAGCCGGAAAGGCAUCCCAGUCAUCACCGCAAACCGGCUGCAGAGAUGGGCACUGUUGUUAAUGGGUUACACGUUUUCCAUACAGUACUGCCGCACUGAGGAGUUUGGUCAAGCCGACGGUCUCAGCAGACUGCCUAUGCACUCCACACAGCUGAGUGGACUCCCUGACCUGGGGAUGGACAACAUCGUCAGUGAUGUGCACACUGAGAGUCUACGGAACACUCCAGUGUCCACAGAAGCGAUUGCAGCCGAGACAGCCGAAGACAGGGAACUCAGUGAGCUGACCGGCUACAUUCGCAACGGAUGGCCGAGCGCUAUAGGUGAUCGACUGAAGCCGUACAAGCGGCUGGAGCGGGAGUUGGUACUGGUCAACGGAUGCAUUUGUUGGGGAAUGCGGACCGUCAUCCCGGAGAAGCUCCGUCCCGCCAUCCUAGCACAUUUGCAUGACGCGCACAUGGGCGUCAGCAAAAUAAAAGCGGAAGCGCGCGGCUACUGCUGGUGGCCACUGAUGGACAAGGAUAUCGAGCGACUGGCGGCCGGUUGUCGGAUCUGUUCCGAACGCGCCAAGGAGACGCCGAAAGUUCCUUUGUCGCAGUGGGCCGUACCGGAAGCACCAUGGAAGCGUGUUCAUAUGGACUUCGCGGGUCCGUAUCAAGGAACGAUGCUGUUCAUCGUGGUAGACGCCUUGUCAAAGUGGCCAGAGGUCAUUCCGAUGAAACACGCCACGACGGACGGGGUUAUCGAAGCGUUCCUGAAUCUAUUCAGUCGAUACGGGAUAUGUGCCGAACUGGUGUCAGACAACGGGACGCAGUUCACAUCGGAACAAUUUGCCCAGUUCUGUGCGCAGUUCGGAAUCAAGCACAUACGGACACCGCCGGGACAUCCGCAGUCCAACGGACAAACGGAACGUUUUGUGCAAACCGUCAAGGACGGUAUCGCCAAGCUGCGAGAAGACGGAAAGUCAUUUCCGGUCGCUCUCCGACAGUUCCUGUGGCGUUACCGCAGCGUACCACACGCGACGACUGGAGUAUCGCCAGCGGAGCAAUUCAUCGGUCGCAAAAUGCGUUCCACCAUGGAUUUGCUGGUGCCAGUCUUGCUCACCACGACUGAGAAAAAUCGACAGCGAUACCAGCGUAAUUUUGACAAAAACACCAAGCCAAAGAAUUUCCAGCCUGGUCAGAUGGUGCUGACGCGCGACUACCGGCUAAACCGACUGGUGGACUGGGUCAGCGGGAAACUGCUGAAGCGAGAAGGUACGCGAAUAUGGCAGGUGCUAGUGAACGGUAUGACCUGGCGCAGGCACGAGAACCAACUGCGACCGCGCCACUGGUUGAACGCUGGCGAGCAUGUCGAUCUGGAUAUGCCAGAAGAGCAGAAUGGGAACUCACCACGAGCGGUGGAACCUACCCAGAAGGAACCUGCCGAGGAGGUGAAAGCGGAGGUGCCAGAGAAAGGCACUGGGUUAGCCAACACCACCGACGGCAGCCAGAAUACCGUGACAGAGCAGACUGCACAAUUAAAUGCUGAAAGCAAAAAUGAAACAACGCAGCCGCCUGCGAAAGAGUCGAGGACGAUUAAACCGAAGAAGCAAGUGCCGACGGUAGCCAAUCCAGCACCACGAAGAACAGCGCGUGCAAAUGCCGGAGUGAGUCCAAAGCGGCUCAUUAAAGAUCCCAAUUUUGGUUAA